AACUGGCUGUGAAAAGAAAUGGAUUUGUGUCCCGAUCUAUAUCACAGUUUUCAUGCUGUUGUCAUUCUCCUGGUACAGCAUGAAAAGUGACGGAUGGCGCUCCGGGUUUGUACUUCUCUGUCCCCCACAGCCCACCACCAGUAAUCCCACCAACGUCUCAAAACUGGAUCUGUUAGAAGAUAUAUCCAUUCAAAGAAUGCUGUAUGAAAAGCCGGAUGUCUUGAAGCCUAUGAGAUCUGAUGUCUUGACAAUGACACCUUGGUUUUCCCCGAUUGUAUGGAAUGGAACCUAUAACAUUGAUAUACUGAAUGCGCAGUUCCAUCAGAGAAAUGUCCGCAUUGGCCUCACUGUGUUUGCUAUUAAAAAGUAUACGGUCUUUGUUCAGACUUUUGUUGAAACCGCUGAAAAGUUCUUCAUGGUUGGACAUAAUGUCAGCUAUUACGUGUUUACCGACCGUGUCGGUGACAUUUCCAAUAUCACUCUAAGUGAGGGCAGAGACAUGGUCAUCCUGGAAGUGCCCAGCUACAAGAGAUGGCAGGAAGUGUCAAUGAGGCGCAUGGAGAUGAUACGAGACUAUGCCCGCCAACGAUUCAUCAACGAGGUGGACUACUUGGUGUGUGUGGAUGUAGACAUGGAGUUCAGCGACCAUGUUGGGGUGGAGAUUUUAAGUGAUGUGUUUGGCACAUUACAUCCUGGCUUCUAUGGAGCAUCUCGUGACCACUUCACCUAUGAACGCAGGCGAGAGUCUACAGCUUACAUUCCUAGAGACGAGGGAGACUUUUACUAUGCAGGGGGAUAUUUUGGUGGUACGGUGGAAGAGGUCUAUAAGCUGACCAACUUCUGCCAUAACGCUAUGAUGACGGACAAGGAAAACCACAUUGAAGCCAUCUGGCACGAUGAGAGCUAUUUGAACAAGUAUUUUCUUUAUCACAAGCCAACAAAAAUUCUCUCUCCUGAAUACCUCUGGGUCCUCAGUUACGGAGUUCCAACAUACAUUCAGAGAAGAAGAUUUCUGGCUCUUCCCAAAAACCAUAAUGCAAUCCGGAACAAACGGGCAUUAAAGCACAAAAGUCAACAAAUCAUUUUAUAUUUUUGAGCGGUUGUAAAACUCCCAUAAAACAGAAUGAUCUGUGUUGGAAGCCUCAACUCUAUGGAAACUUGAAUUAACUUAACACUCAUAUAGUAUUUUAUGUGUAAUUUCUUCCCAUAGGUCAGUCACAGCAAAGUGUAAACCAACAAUAUAGUUACAGUAGCAAGAAGUCAUCAUGCAAAGUUCAUCACUUCUCCUCCAAAUACAGCUUUAGGUCCAAGGCCAUCAGUGAUUAAAGUUUCAGGACACAUAAAGACGCAUUUGUACUAAUGGGAAAUGGAAUAGUCCAUGUUGAAGCAGAUGGGAUUACUAUGUAUAAAUGAUAAACACCUGUGCUGUUAGCACCUGUUGACAAAUGGGUUUUUAACAAUGGUCAUAAAGCCACCAUCCCAGCAA